AAGAGCCUCACCGCAGACGAAGAGCCGUAUUCGUCAUCGACGGCGUCGUCGGGCACAGUAACGGCCAAGCCCGCUUCUGGGCCAAGUUCGUCGAGCAAAGAGAUCCACCUCCUUGAGGAGUUGUUCGAGGAGAACAGCGAUUCGAUGCUCAUCGAACUCAAGAAGGUGCCCGAUCAGCAGCUCGGAAUGGGCAUCGGCAAGCGGAAUCGCGGCAUUCUGGUCACCUCACUCCAGCCGGGCUCGAUUGCGGCCGAAAAAUUGAAAGUUGCAGACAGAUUGAUGGCCGUGAACGGAUUGCCGGUGACAGAUCAGUUGUCUGCCGUGACGUUGGUAAAGGCUAGUGGAGAACGCCUUUGCCUGCAGAUUGCAAGACCCCGAAACGUGCCAACGGCUUAA